GUAAGCGACACAUCUAAUACAUAUACCGGGUGUUGUGUUUUUAAAAUCCAGACGAUCAUGGACGAUAUCGCGGAAAAAUUCGACAGUGUCAACAUGCACCGGACUCAUUCGAACCUGUCGAAUUUGGAGAAGAACUGCAGUCAGAUCUUCGUAAAGGGCCCUGCCCUGACGAAGGACUUUUUCGACAAAAUACAAACCGACAUGGUGCCGUCUAAAACAGACCUCUUCGGGUAUCGGAUGAAUACCCGAAGGUUCCUUUUUCUGACUGGUUUGGUGCUACUGUUUACCUUCAGCGCUCUCGGUACGGUGAUCAUGUGGUUCACCAAAGUAUACCAGCAGUCCAUAAACAACAUGAUGACCAUCACCGAGGACUCUCUCGCCUUCGACAUGUGGCGGGCGCCCUCGCCCCGCCCGUACAUGAAGUUUUUCAUUUUCAAUUACACCAACGUGGAAGAUUACGAGAGAAGGAGCGCUAAAAAGCUGCACGUGGAGGAGGCAGGACCUUACGUAUACGAAGAGCAACUGGAAAGGGUGAACGUAAGGUUUAACGGCGACGGGACAGUGUCGUAUCAAGAAAAAAGGACAUACAAAUUCAUCCCUGAACUCUCGAAGGGCUCCCCACACGAUUUGGUGACAGUGCCGAACGUGCCCGUCAUAGCGGGAGCAGCUGUCGCCAGAAACUGGAAUUUCUUCAUGAGGCUGAGCUACUCGGGCUUGCUGAAGAGCCUGAACGAGAAACCUUUCAUCACAUUGACCGCGAACUCUCUCAUAGUGGGGUACGAAGACCACUUGUACGACAUCGCCAAGAACUACCUCAAGUUGCAAGAGAAGAGGGUAUUCGAUCACGUCGGACUUUUGGUGUGGAAAGAGGGAGUUCAACCUGACGUCAUCACGGUAAAUACAGGUACCAGAGACUACGGCAAGCUGGGCAGGAUAGAAAAAUUCAAUGGCCAAGAUCAUCUAGACUUGUGGUCGUCCGAUACGUGUAACCGUCUCAAGAUAUCCGACGGCACCGUCUAUCCCGUGGACCAAGUGAAAUCGAAGAAGGAACUGCACUUUUUCCUGCCGCAGUUGUGCAGGGCUUUGACUUUGAAAUUCGUCGAAGAAAGCCAGGUUUUAGACCGGGUUCCUGUCUAUAAAUACACGUUCCCCGUCGAUAUUUUCGACAACGCGGAUCAGAAUGGCGACCACAGGUGUUACUGCGAGAAAGGAAGUGACAGUUGCGGGACUCGAGGCGUUUUCAACGCAAGCGCCUGCGUUUGGGGGGCCCCGAUUUACUAUUCCUGGCCGUACUUCUACAACGCGGAUCCCCAGUUGAGGGCGGCCAUUUCUGGUUUAAAAAGGAACCCCGCCAAGCCGGAGGUGUACGUCAACAUCCAUCCGAAACUUGGUGUUUUGACAGGGGGAAAAGUAAAAUUCCAAGUCAACAUCCAAAUGCAAAAAUCCUACGGGAUAUCCGAGCUGAACAACUACAAAGACGGCCAAAUACUACCCAUCGUGUUGAUCGAAAGUGGAUUGGAUGAGAAAGAUCUUCCUCGGAAUGUGAUCGAGCUGAUAUACAGAGCAACGUUCACUGUGAGAAAUCUCGAGCUGGGACUUAAGUACGGUUUUCUGCUGGCCAGCACGGUUACGUUGGCGUGCAUUCUGUUGGUAUUGAAGAAAAGACGUGAAAUCAGACUCCGAGCGAACAGUAUCGGAUAUCUGAGAACCGGACGCCACGUGACAUCGUUGUGAGUGCCUAAGUAUCGAGCAGGGUGAAUCGACAACGUGUAAUACUCAGUAUCGAAUAUACUCAAUUCUCGAAGCAGUAUCGAAUAUACUCACUCUUUAAAGUAUUUUUGUGCAGAGCUGGGUGCGGCCCUGACGCCGAGUUUAUUGUAGACAUUUUCAUGAUUAAUAUACAGGAUCGUCGGCGUAACAAACAAUGUUGCGGGCAAAGUGGAAGGUUUUCAAAACGUUUUCUUAAAACACAACACAAUGAGGGUGUGAAAGUUACCGUUUAAUGUUUGUAAUUUAUGUCUUUCUCGCACAUAACAGUUUUGAACUGACAAAAGUAACUUUGUGCCCUAAACCAAACACAAAAAACCUUCUACAAGUAAAUAAGUAAAUGAAUGAGCAGUGCAGUAAUCGGAAACUAUAGGCUGGUUCAUAUAACUUAUUUCGAUAAGUGCGUUAAAUACAAAAAUUGUUUGAUCCUAACUAAAACGGAUCUUUGGUAAAAUACAGUGUGUCCCACUUAAGAACUGCACACAGUUGUGAAACCUUGUUUAGGGAUGCACUUGUUUUGCUUAUUGCUUCAACUUAGAAUCAUGGCCAUCUGAGACUAUUUAACAAAAGUGAGAAGAGGAAUACUAUCCGGGAUUUAUUCAGGACUACAUAAAACCUACAAAUGAAACAACAAAUGACAUUUAUUUUAUCAUAAUUAAAACAUUUAUUCCAAUAUUUUAGAGAAAAAAAAUUGAAAAGUCACCAGGUUUAACGUUGUUUUUGCACAAGAAUGUCUCUAUCUACAACUGUACCUUCUAACCAAUCUGUAUAUCCCAUUGUAAUAUACAUAUUCAAAUCUUGUCGGCGAAAGUGGCUUUUGCCUUGUACGCCAAAAAUAAAAUAUUUGUUGCGAUCCAAACGUAUUUACUUUUGAUAUAGUGAAUGUACGACUAUGAAAAAUCAACUCAAAGCAGUUCUUGCGAAGAAGUUUAGGCUCGAAAAGAAUUAAAUUUACACCCAAAAAAAAAUUUAUUGAUGGGAUUGAUUUUCUUAUAUCUUAUUCUAUAAUGACAUUUUUAAAAUACAUAAAGACUAAAAAUAUAUAAAAAUUUGACUAUAUGACAGCUGUUUCGGCAAUACCGUGCCUUUAUCAAAUGUAUCAAAGGUAUGAGGAAAGAAAUGCAUGGCACAAGCCAAUAGAAAUGCUGACGUCUCCAGCCACUUCCCUAAUAGUCAUUCGAUGAUUUUCAACACAUUGAAAAUAAUAAUUUUUGUGGGACUUUGACUUGAGGGUUUUUUGAUUUUGGUUUAGUUACGUCUGAUAUCAUAAAGCUCGAACGAACAAAUACCAUGUUACAUAUUCAAAAAGUCAAACUUUUCGAAAGCCUAAUUUCUGUGUGCUUUAUUAAUUUUUUUAACUUUCGACAAAAAAUUUCGAAAAAAAAAAUACGUUUCACCGAUUAUAUUAAUUGGUUCUUCUUAUCAUGUAAAAGUUACGCCAGUGUAAUUUAUUUAUCGAGGUGCGAUACUAUGUGGUUCAUAAUACUUUUGGUUUUUGAGACUGAAUAGGUAGAUACGAAUUUUGUCGUUAAAAGUACGAAAUGAUGA